AUGCAACGCACACAAAUUCUGCGCAAAUUCUUCUGUCAAGCUGGUGCUCUUUGCCUGUUGGCUUCGCGGCGCCAGGUUGCUCCUACAAUGGGGAAUCUUCGAAUGCCGACUGUUACGUCUCCACUGACGUAUUCUGUUCGGUUUCACACCGAGGGCCACGGAGGCGGUGAUGAAGCAACCCGUACUGGCCAGUAUCUUUUGAACAAGGAUGACGUCCUUACACGCGUUCUGGAGGUUAUUAAAAAUUUCGAGAAGGUUGACGCGUCAAAGGUUACCCCGGAAUCUCACUUUGUCAACGAUCUCGGGCUUAAUUCACUCGAUGUGGUUGAAGUUGUUUUCGCUAUCGAACAGGAAUUCAUUCUGGACAUUCCUGAUCACGACGCUGAAAAAAUUCAAUCGAUUCCGGACGCAGUGGAAUACAUUUCUCAGAACCCAAUGGCUAAGUGA